AUGUCCAACUCAAUUCCAGACGAGGUCCUCCAGCUCAUCUUCUACGAACUGCCCGAUCCCAGCCCCUUCACCCGCGUUUCCCAGCGUUUUUACCGCUUCUCACAAGACCCAUAUGUCAGGGCACACUACUUCCUGAAUCACUAUGGUCCAGCGGAGGCCAUGUACUACGCCAUGGGUCGAGGGAAAGUCGUAACUGAAAGGGUCCUUGAUAUUCUCCUAACGAGCGGUGCACAUAUCUCUCGUUACCUAAUUCAAGUUGCAGGCCAUCAUUACUUCCACACCCAAAAUCACUUCGUAAAGACAACAUGGGUUCGACAAAUGCCCUUGCAGGUCGUCGCUUAUUUCCUCAAACUAGCCGAGCAGCGGUAUGGGCAAAUUCCGUGGGGAAAGGGCGAAGAUGAUGGGUCUAUAUUCAUGACUUUCUUAAAGGAAAGCCGAUUACCUGCGCAAAUUAAGUCAGUUACUUGGGAAACUAUUAAAACCCUCAUGGACACAUAUAAUUUUAUACCAUUCUGCAGUCGAGACCCAAUAAUGUCUCAAUUCCCGUUGGCUCUAGCUAUUGAACCUCGACUACUUCCAUAUGCUUCUGCAAAUGGAUUUUCUUUGGACUACAAAUAUCGUGACUUUGUCUUUAGAAAGAUGUUUGAACGACCCUCACCAUCAAGCGAUAUCCGUGCAGAAGAUAUAGCUCAAAAUGUGAGGGAGCUGUGCAAGUUGGAUUCUGCUAUGUUUGUAACACGCACUGUUGCAGCAGAGGUCUGCAUGGAAGCAAAAACAAACGAACUUGGUUAUGCUGCACUGAAACAACUUGAUAAGUCAGGGGACCUUCGUUUUGAUCUAUCAAUAUUGGUUGAAGAUCUAUUACGAACGUUUCUUACGACACGGUCAAUAUGUAGUGUUACGACCGGCGAUAUACUGCUUCAUCUCUUCACCGAUUUUCCUUCGACAGAUGUCGCAGUACGCCUGGUUGUCCUUGUGUUGGUUUUUCUUGCAGCAGAUAACCUACACAUGUCAACAACAGCAAUUCGAGCCAAAUUGGAAGCACUUGGAGUCAUGCCUUUGACGCGGAAAGACGUCUUUAAUGUUUUGAUCAACCCAUUCAUUGAACGUUAUAAUUAUGUGCUUGACUUUGCAAAACAAGAAGUUGGUAUCAUGGAUGAUGGCACCAAGGGAAUGUCAGCUGCAGAUAUUGACAGCCUGGUGGAAGAUGUUGCCUUGAAGUGUUUGGAGAUUGGGUGCAAGGGGAAGCUUUUGAAUCGACUUCAAAAGGCGUUUCCUUCGUUGCUGAAAACAAUCACAGAUACGAUCAUCCAGAAGUAUAGUGUAGAACUGGAAGAUUUACCUUGCUGGGAGGAAACGCCUGUAAGACAGAUAUUUGUCGCCAAACUUUGUCGUGAUUUUUUGCGCUUUGGAUUGGGCGAGGUACAUACAUUGGAAAGUCUGCAACCCGAUGCCAAACCAACUCAGGAAGUCGGCAAAUGCGUGGGCGCCGAAGCAGUCUUAGCACAACCUCUUGAUGAGGAAGAUGCAGAUCCACACUCUACCAACAAAGCUCAAAGCAUAGUGGACUUAGGUGCCAUUACUCAAGAGUCUUUAACAGCCAUGAUACGACACGAUGAAAUUACACCCGUUCGUUCACGAAGGAGAAUUUUCUACAAUUAUGGGCCAUCCGGCACGGAAGCCAAAUUACGCUACCCACAAGAUCCAUUGCAUGUUGGCAAAUGGGCCAAAAGUAUUUUUGACCCAAAGAGCAUUGUGAUGUCGAUCUUCAUGACCCAUGCUAUCAUUAAUGAUAAUUGCAAUAUGCUUCAUCACUAUGUGAUGCAUAGUGAUUACUUUGGCGGAAUCCCUUCCCACUCCUCAUCGCAUAUUCCUGUUACCUUGAAGCAUUUCCAACUGCUUGCACGCCUAGGAAGAUGUCCUAAUCCAUAUCUCUAUCAUAGUAUUGAAGCUGGAGCACCUUUUUACGUGGAUGAGAAGGAAUACAUAUCGAAAUCCGAUCUAUCACAAACAGCCUCAUUCAAACAGAGGGUCAAAUCUGAAUCCCCACAAAGUGUUUCCAUGCCUCCUAACUCUCCUAGCUCACCCUCCACUUCGACGUCUCGAGGGAGAAAACGACCCCGACGUUCCGCUGCGGUGUCGGUGCGGUCGUACGCUGUGCCUGACUCGGAUGACGAGGCGAUCGCUGAAGACCGGUUGAUCGACGAUCAGGAAGACAAGAAGGCGCCAAGGGAAAGCCAUCUACAGUUGUGGAUCAAGCAUCUUACGCAACUGUUAAAAGUGGAAACACGAAAGUGUGCCGAAAUAAAGAAGCGUCUUGAGAGCUGUACGAAUCCUGAAACGCGAAGUAGAUUUAACAAGAACGAGUUUGUUAAGUCUCUCACCAACAGCCUUCGUAAUCUUCGAAAGCAAGAAGCUGAGACCCGGCAGAAAUACCCCCACGAUGACCUUGUUGAUGAUUACUCUGACAAUGAAGACGACGACGACUAUGCUACGUCUCGGCGACCAAAGAAGCGCAAGACCGCCACUUAUGCCUAA